AUGCUCGUCGUGUCAUUGUCACGUAUAACAUUGUUGUUAUCAGUCAUCCUUAUAUUGAUUACAUUUCUAAUUGACAAUGGCAAUUGUGAUCAGGAUGAACAUAGUCGAACAUAUAUUAAACAUUAUUAUCCACCAGAAUUUCGUGCAUCACAUAGUCCGCCUUAUGAUUAUAUCUCUAUACCAGGUGAUAUUAUACUUGGUGGAUUUUUUCCAAUUCAUCAACCACCAUCAAAUGAAUAUGGUUCUAAUCAAUGUGCAGUAAUUAAACGUGAACGUGGUGUACAACGUCUUGAAGCAAUGUUAUUUGCCUUAGAUGUUGUUAACAAUCGAUCAUCGUAUUUAAUGUCUUCUAUACUUAAAAAAUAUAAUAUACGUUUCGGCGCCUUGAUAUAUGAUUCUUGUGAUUAUGAAUCUUAUGCAGUCGAACGUGCGCUUAAUAUGUUAUUACCAUCACUCGAUCAUUGUAUGCCAUUACAAAAACAAAAACAAAAUCAAUCAUCAUCAUCAUUUGUUGCUGGUGUUAUUGGCAGUGCAUCAAGUACUGUUUCAAUGGCAAUUGCAGAUAUUCUUCGUUUAGCUGAGAUUCCACAAAUAUCUUACGCAUCAACAAGUACAGAUUUAAGUCAAAAACCACGUUUUCAAUAUUUUUCUCGUGUUGUUCCACCCGAUACAUAUCAAGCUGAAGCAGUGGUUAGUAUUAUUCAAUUUCUCAAUUGGACGUAUGUUGCAGUUAUUAAAGAAACGGGUUCCUAUGGUGAACGUCUAACCGAUGAUUUUAAAGCAAAACUUAAAAAUAAAACAAUUUGUAUUGCCGGUGAAUUAUCAGUUAAUAUCAAAGAUUUCAAUUCUUAUGCACGUGUUAUAAAAGAAUUGUAUGAGGAUGAAAAAUAUCGUUUCGUUGUUGGUGUUGUUGUUUUUGCACAAGAAGAUUCCAUUAGACAAAUACUUAAUCAGACAUCAUCUCUUGAUCAAUUUAAAGGUCGAUGGAUUUUUCUUGGUACAGAUGGAUGGGGGAAAAAAAGGUAUCCAGUCACAAUCGAAAGUUUUGGACGUGCUGCUAUUAAUGCAAUAACAAUAGCACCGAAAUUAUAUUUAAUUCCAGAAUUUGAUGAUUAUUUUACAAAUUUAACACCAUCAAAAAAUACUCGAAAUCCAUGGUUUAAAGAAUAUUGGGAAGAAACAUAUAAAUGUAAAUUUAUAGAAACACCAGACACAAUUUUUAAUCGAAAUUUUACACGUGCAUGUACAGAUUUUGAUCAUAUUAAUACGACUUUAUCUGUAUCAUAUUUUCAAGAAGGUUAUGUACAUUAUGUUGUUGAUGCAGUCUUUACACUUGUAACUGCUAUACAACGAUUAAUCGAAGAAAAAUGUCUAGAUCCUUCAGUAUAUAAACCAUUAUGUAGAGAAUUUUUUCCUUUCGAUGGAACGAAAUUACUUACAGUUUUACGAAAUACUACUUUUCGUAAUGAAUUAUCAAAACGUAUUAUUAAAUUCACAACAGAUGGUGAUGGUAUCGGAACUUAUGAUAUAUUUCAAUAUCAAAUUAUAAAUUCGAGUGAUAGACUUGAUUAUGUUACUAUUGGUGAAUUCACUGAUAGUGAUCAAAGUCAUGAAAGACUUCGUAUUAAUCUUCAAUCAGUAAAAUGGGUUAAAUAUAAUCGUGAAAUAACACAUUGGUCUGAAACAUCACUAGUUCCUCGAUCAUUUUGUAGUGAAUCUUGUCCGCCAGGUGAAAUACGUACAAAUAUUGAUUCACAACAAUGUUGUUGGACAUGUCGUACUUGUGAAUUAUUUCAUAUAACUAUUAAUGAAACAGCUUGUUCACCAUGUUCAGAAAAAGAAGUACCAAACUCGGAUUUUACUAAAUGUAUAGCUGUUGCAGGAGAAUAUUUAUCUGCACAUAAUAUUAUAGCAUGGCCAGCAUUAAUACUUUCAUCAAUCGGACUUUUAAUGGCAAUUUAUACUAUUGUUAUUUUUAUACGUUUUGCUCAAACACCAGUUAUUAAAGCAUCAUCUCGUGAAUUAAGUUAUUUUCUUUUAUCUGGUAUAUGCUGUUGUCAUUUAUGUGCAUGGCCACUUAUUCUCAAACCACAUGUAUUAACAUGUCUAUUUAUCCGUAUUGGUGUUGGAUUAAGUUUAACAAUAUGUUUAGCUGCACUUUUAACAAAAACAAAUCGUUUAGCGCGAAUAUUUAAUAAUAGUCAACGUUUAACACAACCAUCAUGUCUUUCACCACGUUCACAAUUAGGUAUAUGUGGUGGAAUUGUUAGUAUACAAUUAAUCGGUGUUCUCCUAUGGAUAAUUAUAUCACCACCGGCAACAAAAUUAAAAUCGGAAUUAAAACAUAAUCAAAAACGUUUAAUAUUAGUUUGUCAAACAGAUAAUGAAUAUAUAGCUUGUUCACUUGUUUAUAAUAUGAUACUUGGUAUAUCAUGUACAUUAUAUGCAAUUAAAACACGACAUAUUCCUGAAAAUUUUAAUGAAGCAAAACAUAUUGGAUUUGCAAUGUAUUCGGUUUGUAUUAUUUGGUUAGCAUUUAUAGCUAUAUUUUUCGGUCUUCGAACUAGUGAAAAUUGGUUUCGUAUUCAAUUAGUUACUCUCGCUAUUUGUCUUAGUUUAUCAGCUACUGUCAUACUUUUAUGUUUAUUUGCACCUAAAUUAUAUAUUGUUUUGUUUAAUCCGUCCAAAAAUAUACAUGUGAAAUUUAAAACAACAUUAACAACUCCACAACAAUCAGUUGAACGACCAAGUACAAGUAAUAAUCAAGAUGAAUCAAUAGGAACUGCUAAUAAUCGACGUCGACGACAUGCAUCAUCUGAUUAUGCAACGGACAUAACAUUAUUUAAUUCAAAAACUGACAGUUUGGCUUUGAAUAUAAAUGAUGAAACAACUCAAACAGGUAGUAUUAGUGGUGGAAGUUCAUUAUUUAAUGGUGCAUGUACCGAUGCUGAACGACAAAAACAUCAACUUACAUCUACACAAGAUGAUGAAACAACUGAUCUUUUAACAACAUCUAAACAACAAACAAAUUCACUUAAUCCUCCAAAUUUUCCCAUUAGACCAGCAUCAUCGAAUUUAGUAAUUGCAACUGAAAAUCCAUGGAAAAAAUUAAGUAAUGUUCGAUAUAAACUUGAUGCACAUGAUCCUAAUCAAAGUAAUUCAACACAAUAUAAUCAUGUUCAUGCACAGCAUAUCACUUUUGUUUAA